CGGUCGGCCCGCGAGACGAGCUGGAAGCGUGGCGGCGGCGGGCGCAGCGCGGUGACACUGCACGGUCUGGUCGAUCCACGGAGCAGAUAGGCCGACAGCGGGGCGGCUCCCACGCGACCGGACCGACCGGCGCGGACCAGGGACCAGCCGAGACCAGAGGAGCCAGCAGAGACUUGAAGACACCAGAGGAGGCCCUUGGAUACGAGAGAGGACCAGAGACCAGCAGCAGGCAGCCAGAACAACAGAACAGCCAGAGGAGUCAAAGCUGUCAGAAAUUAUCCCGCACCGUUGCAAUCGCACCUCAAGAGGUUUCCCGAGCGGUGUGAGCAGCGACUAGACCAGCGGGCGCCCAGCGCCCAGCGCCCUGCGACCAGCGACCAGCGGCAGACCUGCCGGACCAGUUGGCCGAGGCCGGCCAGCCGAGCCCGCGCCCCAGAACCUGUCUGUUGUGUGCGUGCGCGUGGUGGGACAAGGACUGGGCGGUGACGCGGUUCGUCUGAGUGACUGUGGUGACUGUGGUGACCGCAGUGAACCGGCGGUGACUGUAGUGACUGGCAGUGACAAGCGGAGACUAGUGGUGACUCGCAGUGAACAACGGUGAUCAGUAGUGGUCCGCAGCGACUCGCAGCGGCCCGCAUUGAUCUUCAGUGAACAGCGUCAACUAGGAGUGACCGGCAGUGAGCGCGUCGGUGACCUGCAGUGACCUGCAGUGCCCAGGCUGGCUGUGGGCGGCGCAGAGACCGGGCCGGACGCCGCCCGGCCCGGUCUCCUCCGGGAGACGGCGACGGAGACGGCCGGCGCGGCCCGACACUGCGCCGGCUGUCGCGGCCAGAUUGCCGACAGGUUCUACCUGCUGGCCGUCGAUCAGCCGUGGCACAGCGCCUGCCUCAAGUGCUACGAGUGCAAGCUGCCGCUGGACGGCGACCUGACGUGUUUCACACGAGACGGCAACAUCUACUGCAAGGAGGACUACUACAGGCUAUUCUCUCUGAAGCGAUGCGAACGAUGUCACGGUGGCAUCUCCUCCAACGAGCUGGUGAUGCGGGCCAAGGACUACGUCUACCACAUACACUGCUUCACCUGCAUCACCUGCAACGUGCCACUCUCCAAAGGAGAUCAGUUUGGCAUGCGGGACGGCUACAUCUACUGCCGACACCACUAUGAGCUGCUGCUGACGGGCGAGUACGCCGGGGCCGGGCCCGUGCCCGACUUUGUGCAGUUCUCACCCACCGAGCAGAUACCCUACAUCCCGCCCGUGGCGGUUGGUCAGAAGGGCCGUCCGCGCAAGAGGAAGAGCCAGCACGAGGACAUGAGCUCGCUCGGCAUGGGCCCCGGCCUGCACGGCGGCCAGGUGACGCCCCUUCUCGAGGCGCUGGCGGGCGGGCCGUCCGACAUGGCAGAGGUCACGCUGCAUGGCCACGAGGAGUCGGUGUCGUGUCUGUCGUUCGGCGGCCCGGCCGGUGUGGUGGUCUCCGGUUUUCUGGGCGGCGAGCUGCGUCUGUACCGCCCCCGCUCGGGACGCACCACUGCUGGAGGGGCUGCUUAA